AAAUAUUGUUUGCAAAUUACAAGAAUUAAAAGCCAAGAAUAUAAUAUCUCAAAUGGCAUCCCUUAUCCACUCUCUUUUGCUUUGUGUUAUUGUUUUAUCGGCUUCCUUAAGCCAUAGCCAUGCACAACUAACUCAAGACUUUUACAACAAUGUCUGCCCCAAGGCCUUGUCCACCAUUAAAUCCAUCGUUUCGAAGGCCAUCAAGCGCGAGCCUCGCAUGGGUGCUUCACUAUUACGUCUCCAUUUUCAUGAUUGUUUUGUCAACGGCUGUGAUGGGUCGGUCUUGUUGGAUGAUACUACCAACUUCACUGGAGAAAAGACUGCACCUGCUAAUGCUAACUCGAUUAGAGGAUUUGAAGUUGUGGAUCAAAUUAAGACACAAGUGGAUCGAGUUUGCAAAGGGAAUGUCGUGUCUUGUGCUGACAUCUUAGCCAUUGCUGCUCGUGACUCCGUUUCUAUUCUAGGAGGGCCAAAGUACAAGGUACUAGUAGGAAGAAGAGACGCAAGAACAGCGAGUUUUGACAAUGCCCGUAGAAAUCUCCCUCCACCCUUUUUCAGCUUCACACAACUUCUUUCCAACUUCCAGUCUCAUGGCCUCGACCUCAAGGACCUCGUUGUCUUGUCGGCUGGCCACACUCUAGGGGUCGCCCGGUGCAGCACUUUUCGAACUAGGAUAUAUAAUGACACGAACAUCGAUACAAAAUUUGCAACAACGUUGCAGAGGAACUGCCCACAGAGCGGUGGGGAUGACAAUUUGAAAGGCCUUGACAAGACUCCAAACUUCUUUGACAAUGCCUACUUCAAGGCUUUGUUGACAAACAAGGGCCUUCUCCAUUCUGACCAGGAACUGUUUGGUGGUGGCAAUAGUGAUAGCGAUGAUUUGGUGAAGUAUUAUAGUAGAUAUCCAUCUGCCUUUAGAAAUGAUUUUGGUUCUUCUAUGAUCAAGAUGGGUAAUAUGAAUCCACUCACAGGAACUGAUGGAGAAAUCAGAGCCAAUUGUAGGCUUGUUAAUUAAUUGAUAACAGUUUGUGUUUUUGGAUUUGGAUUUGGGUUUGCUUUGAAAUUGGAUUUGGAUUUGGAUUUUGAUUUUGAUUUGAUUUAUGUUGUGUGACAUUUGAGUUUCAAAAGUGUAUAAAGUUUGUUGAUGUUUAUUUUCACCGCCCUUAAAAUGUCA